AGCCCGGUCGCCAUGGACUUCGACUUGAACAUGGAUUUUUCAUUCCUAAAUGGCGAUGAUCCAACAUUGGGCAUGGUACUGGCGGCCGAUGAUAACUCGCUAUGGGAAAAUUUUUCUCCAUUUUUGGAUGAUAAUGAAAUUGUACCUGAAGCUGCGGAAGAUACGUUCUGCAGUAAGAUGAUCUCACAAUUAGAAGGACUUGAACAAUGUGACGAUCACAGCUAUGCUGCUUUAUCACCAUUAAGUUCACCACGACAAGGAUCGUUAAGCAUCGGAAGCGAUUCGCCAACGAAUACAUCAGGCUCUGAAGCCUCAUAUCCAUUGGAUAUUCUCGAAGCUGCUAGCCAAGAAUUAUUCACUCAGACUUCAUUUGACGAUGUUAAACAAGAAGACACCUCACCAACCUCUCAGCCAACCACCAUAGCAGCUUCAAACAGCACAAGUGCUCGCUCAUCACAUUACGCACCUUACCGUCUUCAACCGGUCUCUAAUCAACAAAAACGAGCACCAACCCUUACAGCAGCACGAGCAGUCGCACAACGACCAGCUCCAGUCGUUCGAUUUAAACCUGCCUUGCGCAAUCCAGCUAACAUAUCACUAAGCUCACCAUCAACAUAUUCUUCCCCAUCAUCAUCGACUCUCUCAACCACACAGACUGCUCCAACUAUCAAAGGACCGACUGGCGAGCGUCAGCGAAAAUAUCCAGCCUUAAUUCUGACAGAAGAAGAAAAGAGAUUAUGCAAAAAAGAGUCGAUUCUUUUGCCGGAAUUCUAUCCAUUAACGAAGGCUGAAGAACGUGAUCUAAAGAGGAUCCGACGAAAGAUUCGCAACAAAAGAAGUGCCCAAACAAGCCGCAAACGCAAACAGGAUUACAUUGAACAACUGGAAGAUCGUGUCGCAGAUUGCAGUCAAGAGAACCAAGAGCUCAAAGCACAAGUCGAACUUCUUACUCGUCAGCAUCAGUCAGUGCUUUCACAAUUGCGAAAAUUGCAAGCUGCACUUGGCCAAAGCACACGCCGAGGAGCUCAAGCAGGCACAUGUCUAGCUGUUCUCCUGCUAUCGGUAUGUCUACUGGUUGCCCCGCAUCUGAAUCCUUUACAAACCAAGCAACGAGCGGUGGAAUCAGAAGAAGCCACACGCGCUGCUUCUCGCCAACCGAACAACCUCAGUCUACAAGAGGUUGUCAAACGAGCGCCGUCACAAGCUCGCUCUCGGACACUCAUGGAAUAUGUUUCAAAGGGUGGUCAAUGCCCACAGGUAGCAGAAGUACCCAAAGCUGUUGAAGCUCCGCCAAGUCCUGUGAAAAUAGCAAAGCAAGAAGGAACAAUAUUAGCAAAACGUCGGACGUUUGCUGCGACGCCGCCGGUGCCUAAUUCAGGCGGGAUAAAUUACUUACAGGAACCGAAGCUGGAACUGAAACAAGAAGGAAUGAUGUAUGCAACAUCGGGAGGAGUACGUCUAAACAAUCUAAACAACUUUACCAACCAACGGAUCUACAGCCACCCGCACAACCAUGAACAGCUGCAGUACCGUACGCAACCACCUGUGAAACGGAUCAAGGCUGAGCUCUACUGAGUAGUUUGGCGGUUUCCCUUGUUGUCAUCAUUGUAGUGUUGAGUUGUUGAGAGAGAAAGCUCUUUGGGUGUGUUGUAGGUGGUUGUUGUUUUGUUUUAUCUUUGCCUUUCUGUUUUUUGUUCUCUUUUUAUACUUGUAGUGUGCAUGUUUAUAUUUUUUCUUUUGUAUGUGUGUAACCAACGACGACAUACGCAUAAUGUUUCUGAGAUAAUUCUGUUAUUUCCAUAGCUUGUAUGUAUAUCUGAAAACACAAUCAAAAAACUUGGGUUGAGAAACGCCAACAUGCGCCGGCUCCGCGGACCACUGGUCCUUUCGCAAUGCUAUUGCGUACUCCAUAGGACCAGCUGUCCCCAGAGGCGGUUCUCAGUGGCGGAAUUUCCUCUACCCAACCAUGAAGUGGUCAUUAUCAGAAACAUUCUUGCUGUUUUCCCCUGCUUGCGGCAGAAUAUUUUUUUUUUGCAGAUCACAUUAUUUUUUUAUAACAGUUGUCACAUUCCGCAAAAAUACGUCGCGAAAAUGCUAGAGUGCUUGUAGGUGUGGAGUCUGAUAGAUUUGAGGGUUAAUUUCGUGCGCUUGCGGUGCAGACAAGAUUUGCGCGUUAAACAUUACUCGCGCGCGAACCUUGCAAAUUUGCGAUCGAUAAGAAUUUUUUUCAAGUGCAAGUGUUAUAAGUACCGCAGCGGAACCAAAUCGAUCGUCAAAUUCACCAGACUAUAGAUAUAGCCCAGCUUAUCGUAUUUUUACGUCAUUUUAAACGCCAAAUUUUUCCUCCUUUCUGUUCAACACCCGCAGCUAUGCUUCUUGAUUUGUCAAUGUUGAACGUCCUCAUGUUCAUUUACUGUUGUUACCAUUUGUUAUGAUUUUUCCCUCGCCCUACUCCCCUUUACCAUUUGCGCGCCUCUUCCCCCUUGUUCUCUCAGUGUAUUAGUCCCAUCUGAGAAAAAAGAAAACUUAUGGAUAAUUGUAUUUUCUUUUCCGGGUUGUUUCACUUUUCUGUGUUUUCUAUCAUGUAGGUUUUGGUGGAAUGGAGUAAUUAUAGACUUUCUAUUUCUAAAAUUUACAUACAUUCAACAUACAAUAAAAUAGCCUAUGCGAUACUCGCCUGUGUCAAAUUGAGAGAAUUGUGUAAAUAAAGCAUAUACAAAAAAAA